AUGGUCGAUGAAAAGGUGGAAAGAAAAUAUAUGGGGCUAUCCUAUUAUUCUAAUUCAGUGACCAUCAUGUUGAAGGGGAAUGAGGUAUUAUUUCCAAGAAUUCUAACCAUCUUCAUGACAAUUGAUUCAUCACACAACAAAUUUAGAGAAGAGAUUCCAAAUGUCAUCGGAAAACUUCAUGGACUUCGGUUGUUUAAUUUAUCUCACAACAAUCUUAUUAGCAAUAUCCCUUCAUCAUUGGGAAAUCUAUGUUUUCUUGAAUCGUUGAACCUCUCUUCAAACCAACUUUCUUGUAAGAUUCCUAGCCAAUUGACAAGUUUGGCAUUUCUUUGUAUGUUAAAUUUUUCACAAAAUCAUCUCGAGGGUCGCAUACCUCAAGACAACCAAUUUGAAACAUUUGAAAAUAGCUCGUACAAUGGGAACCUAGCAUUACGUGGAUUUCCACUAUCGGAGGAAUGCGGGGAUGUUAACACACCGCAACUGCAUCCAACACCUAUGUUGCAUAAGGAAGAUGAUCCAACUUUUGCAAGUGAAUUUCAUUUUAAUGUGGUAGGGAUGGGGUACGGAUGUGAAAUGGUAUUGGGAUUGGUAAUGGGAUAUCUUAUGUUCUUAAUCAGAAAACCAAAAUGGUUUGUAAGAAUUGCUGAAGGAAAACGACAGAAGAAAGGGAAAAGGUCACACAAGAGCGGUGACACGAUGGAAGAAUAA